AUGUUGACGAAUCGUUCUGCACAGACAAAGGCUCCUGCGGUCGCACCCAAAAGGCAGAGGAAGAUAUUAACCAUCGCACAUAAAGUUGGACUUCUGGACAUGCCGAAGGAAAGUAGAAGUAACGCGGCUGUAGCAGAGUCCUGCACCGGGUUGGGUGUGUCUUCAGUGACCGAGCUCUUCCACCCAUGGAAGUCUGCAGUGCGCACAGACAGUUUUCAUUUUGUGAGGCGCUUCAACUGUGGCCUCACUACAGAACACCACCCUCUAUAUGGCACCUUUUGUACCAAGCUGUCAUCCUGCGUUUUUGAAUGGGAUCAGGAGGAUGUGCAAUGCCUGAAGGAGGCCAAGAGAGAGGAGUGGAAGUGCAGCCACAGUGGACAUGUUCCCACUGAGGAACAGCUUAUGGCCACCGUCAACCCAGGAGAACUAAAGAAACACUGCAGGAGGAGGACCCGUGGAGUGGAGGAGGUGCGCCGUAUGAUUUCAAGGCUGCUGGAAUCAGUGUGGGACCUCACAGACACCACAGGGCUGUGUUUGGUGAGCCAUGACAGCAUGCGCCACAUCUGGGAGAUGCAGCAGAAACAACUGGAGUGCUUCCAAGACCCCCCAGGUGUUGCACUGUAUACAAAGGUGGGGACAUUCCAAAAGGGCAGGAAAGAGCUAGACAUCCUUAGGUGUGGCUGGCGGUGCAAUGCUACACAUAUGCAAAUGUACAUACUGGAGGGGCUAUCAAGGUGGAACAUGGGCGGGGCCGAGGGGGCCUCGACCCUUAGAAGCUUCGAUGUCCGCCCGAUGUCCCACCUCAACAGCUUAAGCCAGCGUGUCCGUGGUUGUAAUCUAGUGGCAGAAUUCCCCCCACCUGGGAAACCUACUGAUGAGCGCAUAGCGGUGGAAUAUUUAUUGGGCCAGACCAACAGAGGGGACCUGCUUGCGCCAUGGCAUGUCCCUGAAAUCCCAUCACAGGUGCUUGAGGAGGAGUGGGACGCAGAUGAUGCAGAUGUCACUGUAGACAUGUCUGAGGAGGGGGCUACUGGUCCUUAUGACCAGUCUGUGGAGGGUGACACUGAUCCCGAAGUCGUCGUCACAGAGACCAGUCCAAGUGACACGAGAGGGGUUGUGGGAUAGGAGGCAGACCAUCACUGCUUUGUCAGCCAAGGAGGAGGCUGACAUAGUGCGCCUGCAUGCAGCUCUCCAUGCCAUGAUCAAGGCACCUUCAAGAUACACCCAGAAUUCUGGGAAAAAGUCACAUGUGUCAGCAGGACCGUAGAGAGCACCCAGGAAGCAGAGUGGCUCUGCUCCUGGACAGCAGGCGGCAGAAAGACUAUACAUGACUCAUGGCCAAGCAGCCCAGGACCCUGAAGUCAACAGGGUCAGUGAGUGUGUUUGCCUCAGGCUUGCCAAAGAGUUUGAGCAAGCACGCAACGGGCCAAAGGACACAAAGGGGAAAACCUCGCCCCAACCUCAGAUAGCUGCUGGA